AUGUUGAGAUUUGGAAAUCUGGCCAGACACGCUAGACAAUUAAAACAAACCACUCAAUUACGCCAAUACACCUUCCACGUUGGCUGCUCGUGGUCUUCAAAACCUCGUCUCGCUUCCGAAGAAUCGUUCAAGAAGCAGUUGGCGUACGACGAUAAGCAUGAGGUGGCGCAGUGGAGAUCACAAAUGAUGGGCGAUAGAUUGAACGUCAUUGGAGAUGCAGGCGAGGACUUCUGGUUCAUUGAGCCACACAAAGACGAAAGCGGGAUUGCACUUGGUAUUGCGGACGGUGUCGGUGGAUGGUUCAGUGCAAAAGUAGAUCCAUCGAAAUUUUCACAGACGCUCAUGUGGGCAGCAGCGAAGAAGGCAGGCGGAAUGAAUGCAUCUGAGGCUGUGCCUAUGGAUUUGAUAGAUGCCGGACACAAAGGUGUUUUGGGAAUGGAAGAUGUCAAGGCGGGAAGCAGCACGGCGUGUGUGGUUACUCUAGAUGCACACUCAGGUUUACUCAAGGGUGCUAAUCUCGGUGAUAGCACUUUUGUGUUAAUUAGAGAUGCACAAGUCAUAGAAUCGACUAAGCAGCAGACACAUUUCUUCAAUUGCCCAUUCCAGCUAUCUAAAUUGAGGAAGGGGAUUGAUAAGAAUCAUAUAACUGAUUAUGCGCACUCAUCAGAUGUGUUUGAAACGCGUCUACAAGAGGGCGAUUGCGUACUGUUAUUUACAGACGGCCUCGGAGAUAACGUUUUCUUAAAUGAGAUUAUCCAACUUAAACAGGCAGUGGAAGAUCACAUGCCGAACGCACAUAUGACGGAAAAGUCACAGGCGUUUGCAGAUACGCUUGUUUCAUAUGCAAAGAUAUGCAUGGAGGAUGAAUUCAAGGUGUCACCGAUAGAGUUAUCUGCUAGACAGGAGAAAAUCAAGGGAUUUAUAGGUGGCAAGGUUGAUGACGUAACAGUACUGACAGCAUUUGUAGAAAAAUGA